AGUCGGGGCUCGCGCAGACUUGAGAGUGGAGCGGAGGGACGAGAGGGUGGAGCGGAGUGCGUGGCGGGCGGGUCCCCCGAAGCUCGAGGAGUCGCCGUGAAGCCCGCGCGCGCGCUUGCCUCCGGCGCGCCGAUCUGGGCUGAACUAACCAGCUCUGCUUUGGAGAAGGGGCUGGAGCCCCGCCACCGGCGCCUUGGGGCAACGGCCGUCGAGCAGCUGGUGCUGGCCGCCCGAGCCGGGAGGGCGACUCUCGCCGGGCGGGGAUGGUGGACGAGCCGGUGGGGACUCGCCCGAGCGCGGCCGCCACUCGGCCGGGCGCUGCCCGCCAGGGGGCGACGCAACGCGGGGUCCGCAGCCGGCGACCCGCAGCGAAGAGGCGGCGGGGGCAGUAGGGGAGCCGGUCGGGCACUCACGGAACUCCGUCGGCCCCCAGAGUCUCCCGAGUCCACCAUCCGAGGAGUUCGCAAACGAGCGCCCCACCUUUGCUAUGUUGCCCUUUGGAGACAAAACGAGAGACAUGGUCAACGCAUGGUUUUCAGAGAGAGUUCACAACAUCCCUGUGUGCAAGGAAGGCAUCCGAGCCCAUACCGAGUCCUGCUCUUGCUCUCUGCAGCAAAGUCCUCAUGCAGAUAAUACCACCCCUGGAGCACCAGCCAGAAAAAUAUCUGCCUCUGAAUUUGACCGACCUCUUAGACCCAUUGUUGUCAAGGAUUCCGAGGGAACAGUGAGCUUUCUCUCUGACUCAGGAAAAAAGGAACAAAUGCCACUAACCCCCCCAAGAUUUGAUAGUGAUGAAGGGGACCAGUGCUCAAGGCUCUUGGAGCUAGUAAAAGAUAUUUCCAGUCAUUUGGAUGUCACAGCAUUGUGUCACAAAAUUUUCUUGCAUAUCCAUGGACUCAUCUCUGCGGAUCGCUAUUCCCUGUUCCUUGUCUGUGAGGACAGCUCUAAAGACAAAUUCCUCAUCAGCCGCCUCUUUGAUGUUGCUGAAGGUUCAACAUUGGAGGAAGCUUCAAAUAACUGUAUCCGUUUAGAGUGGAACAAAGGCAUUGUGGGACAUGUGGCAGCUUUUGGCGAGCCCUUGAACAUCAAAGAUGCCUAUGAGGAUCCCCGGUUCAAUGCAGAAGUUGACCAAAUUACAGGCUACAAGACACAAAGUAUCCUUUGUAUGCCAAUUAAGAACCACAGGGAAGAGGUUGUUGGUGUAGCUCAGGCCAUCAACAAGAAAUCAGGAAAUGGUGGGACCUUCACUGAAAAAGAUGAAAAGGACUUUGCGGCCUACCUGGCAUUCUGUGGUAUUGUUCUUCACAAUGCUCAGCUCUAUGAAACGUCAUUGCUGGAGAACAAAAGAAAUCAGGUGUUACUUGACCUUGCCAGCUUAAUCUUUGAAGAGCAGCAGUCACUGGAAGUCAUUCUGAAGAAGAUAGCGGCCACUAUCAUCUCCUUCAUGCAGGUGCAGAAGUGCACCAUCUUCAUUGUGGAUGAAGACUGUCCUGACUCUUUCUCUCGUGUGUUUCACAUGGAGUGUGAGGAAGUAGGAAAACCCUCUGAUCCUUUAACGAGGGAGCAAGAUGCAAACAAAAUCAACUACAUGUAUGCUCAGUAUGUCAAAAACACGAUGGAGCCACUUAAUAUCCCAGAUGUCACCAAGGACAAAAGAUUUCCCUGGACAAAUGAAAACAUGGGACACGUGAACACGCCCUGCAUUGGAAGUUUGCUUUGCACCCCUAUAAAAAAUGGGAAGAAGAACAAAGUCAUAGGCGUCUGCCAACUUGUUAAUAAGAUGGAGGAGAAUACUGGCAAGAUUAAAGCUUUCAACCAAAAUGAUGAGCAGUUCCUGGAAGCCUUUGUCAUCUUCUGUGGCUUGGGGAUCCAGAACACACAGAUGUAUGAAGCGGUGGAGAGAGCCAUGGCCAAGCAGAUGGUGACAUUAGAGGUCCUGUCUUACCAUGCAUCAGCGGCGGAGGAAGAAACAAGAGAGCUCCAGGCUUUAUCGGCUGCUGUGGUACCAUCGGCCCAAACCCUUAAAAUUACCGACUUCAGCUUCAGUGACUUUGAGCUGUCUGAUCUGGAAACAGCGCUGUGUACAAUUCGGAUGUUCACUGACCUCAACCUUGUGCAGAACUUCCAGAUGAAACAUGAGGUUCUUUGCAGGUGGAUUUUAAGUGUGAAGAAGAAUUAUCGGAAGAACGUUGCCUACCACAAUUGGAGGCAUGCCUUUAACACGGCACAGUGCAUGUUUGCUGCUCUGAAAGCCGGCAAGAUCCAGAACAAGUUGACGGAUCUGGAGACCCUUGCGUUGCUCAUUGCUGCUUUAAGCCAUGACUUGGAUCAUCGUGGCGUGAACAACUCAUACAUACAGCGGAGCGAGCACCCGCUGGCUCAGCUGUACUGUCACUCCAUCAUGGAACACCAUCAUUUUGACCAGUGCUUGAUGAUUCUAAACAGCCCAGGCAACCAGAUUCUCAGUGGCCUCUCCAUUGACGAAUAUAAGACCACACUGAAAAUAAUCAAGCAAGCAAUUUUAGCCACAGACCUAGCACUGUACAUUAAGAGACGAGGAGAAUUUUUUGAACUUAUACGAAAAAAUCAAUUCAGUUUUGAAGAUCCUCUUCAAAAGGAGUUGUUUCUAGCAAUGCUGAUGACAGCCUGCGACCUCUCUGCGAUUACUAAACCCUGGCCUAUUCAACAACGGAUAGCAGAACUCGUGGCAGCUGAAUUCUUUGAUCAAGGAGACAGAGAGAGAAAAGAACUUAACAUGGAGCCGGCUGAUCUAAUGAACAGAGAGAAGAAAAAUAAAAUCCCAAGUAUGCAAGUUGGGUUCAUAGAUGCCAUCUGCUUGCAGCUGUAUGAGGCCCUGACCCACGUAUCCGAAGACUGUUUGCCCUUGCUGGAUGGCUGCAGGAAGAACAGACAGAAAUGGCAGGCCCUCGCGGAGCAGCAGGAGAAGAUGCUCCUUAACGGGGAGAGCAGCCAGGGCAAGCGGGACUGACUGAUGCCUCCCUCAGCCCCGCCCCCACACCCCUCCCCGUGUACAAACUGCCACAGGCCUGGUUUCCCAGUCCACUAUGCAGACUUGAGUGCACUUUGCCACUGCUGUAUUUUAUUUUUUGCACAACUUUGGAGAGCGUGAAGUGUUUCAGAGAUUGCUACCUACUUUCCAUCCUUUUGUUUUAUGCCACUGAAGUGGAGCGAUCAAGUCAUGCCCACUCUAACGCUUUUGAUAAGGAUGGUGUAAACGGCGAUUCUACACUCAGCUUGGUCAUGCUCGGGGAUUAUAAAUACUGGCCUUUGUGUUCCUGAGUCACCACUUUUUUAAAACACCUUAGGAAUGGUUCUGAAAAGUGGGUUAGGGGCAAAGUAAAUGUGUUCGGGGACAUUGAAAGCCACCUUGAAAAUUAAUGCUGACCGAGUGGGUGUUAGGGAGAAAUUAAUAUAAACUUGUCAGAAGUGUCUUAACCAAGUUAAAGAAUUGGGAAACAAGAAAACGUGGUACCUAAUUGCUCUGCUCUUUCUAGGAUGGGGAGAACUUGCAGUAUAUCCCAUCUACGUGGUAGAACAAACUUAAGCUGCAAACCAUCCAUGCAGCCGCCCUCUUCAGCAAGCAGACUCCCCACUGCGUCUAAACCCCAGGCCAGAUGAUUCCCCUCCCCCAGCUGUCCCAAGAGAGACAUGGGAGGGCCCUGGAUAGCCCUCCACCAAGAGAAAUGUUUUACUUGAAGAUCUUUCUGACAAUCCACAUUUUUAAAUACUGAAAACUUUUAAAACUAAUUGCUUUUUUGGGGGGGAGGGGUCGUUGUUUUUUUUUUUCGAGACAGGGUUUCUCUGUGUAGCCCUGGCUGUCCUGGAACUCACUCUGUAAUCCCAGCACUCAGGAGGCAGAGGCAGGAGGAUUUCUGAGUUCGAGGCCAGUCUGGUCUACAAAGUGAGUUCCAGGACAACCAGGGCUACACAGAGAAACUCUGUCUCAAAAAACAAACAAACAAACAAACAAACAAACAAAAAGCCAACUAAUUUUUUUUUUUAAUUUUUCUUUUGCUUUUCAUCUCCUUAAUCCAACAGUUUAAGCUUCAACAGAGAAACGGUCACAGGGGCACAUGCCUGAAGGCAGAUAUGACUACAGAUACGCGAGUGCAAGUUGAGUCUUUAUCCCUUCUGUCAACUGAAAUUGACAGGAAAAAAAUAUUAAUAAUUCUAUGAGUAGCAGAGGUUUGUCUCCAAUAGGCAGGUCAGACAAUGAAUUCAAAGGAACAGUCUGUGAACGUCUUCCUGCCCAAACAAAACAGCAUUCAGUAUUAGAAGUAGAAAGUGAGUCAAAAAACAAAACAAAACAAAACAACAAACAAAAACAAACAAACAAAAAAACCAAAUAACUGCAUUAGGGGAGGAGCAUCUGUUCCAGAUGUGCAGAUCUGUUCCAGAUGUGCAGAAAGGUUUGGGUUUGGGCAGAAUUAGAAGGAUUUGAUUUAUUCAUUCCCACCCUUUCCCCACAUCCUCCCAAAGAGGGUAAUGUAUUUUGUCUGGGUUUCUAGCAUUAAUUUGCAUUAAAAUGGUUUCUCUCUUGCUUUUCUCUCUGUUUAAAAUUCAACAUGGUCAUUUUAAUCCUGUGUAUGUAUAUUGUAUUGUGGCUUUGUUCUUCCUCAGAUAUGAAAAGGCAAAGCAGGCUAUACUGGCAGUGUUUUGUAUUGGUCAAGGCUAGACCAGGGAAUUGUCACCCAAUACUAAAUGUAUUCUUGUUGUAAUACUUGUAUUUUUUUUUCAGAAUUUUAUCUUAUUUUUAUUUCAUGUCAUAGAGAUGAAACCUGGAAGGUUGCUCUAACGCACUGGUGUGUAAAUGGUACAGACUGUCACUAAUAGUAAUCACACCAGCCUCACACUCGCCUAUGCAGAGUGUAGGCGCACUGCUUAGAGGACAUUCUACAAGCCUGGCACUGUGACCGAGCAGCUAUGCUGAAAUGCAGUCAUAUACAUGUGUUGCUUCUCCACACUCCUCUGACCUAAGUCACUGAGAAUAUUCUUAAAGAGUUCAUUAUAUGUGGAGGGUUUGUCUAACAUAGUGACAGGCAAGAAGCCGUAUGUACAUUGAAAAUCAUUCGGUUUGCUUUAGGUCGUGGUUUGUCUUACUCUACAUAUUAACAUAGGAAAAGCACUGUGAUAUUUUAUUGCUGGGUAUUUUAUUCAAAUAAUUUUUAUUUUAUAGGAAAACCAUUCCAUACAUGGAAUGCUAUCUGUGGUACAAGAACACAAAUCAUAGUUUUUGUUCUGAAUGUGAAUAUUGCCUUUCUAGUGUCCACUCAAGUUGGAAUAUAUCUAUCACAUUAUAUUAUCAUUCCUCUCUCAUGCUGCCGUGAAUCCAUAGUGCCCGUAAUGAACAAGAAAGUGUUCUUGUCCUGGACUGUUCUCUUGACAAAUUUCUUGGCUGGCUAUAGUGAAAUAAUAUGAUAUCAUGUCAUUUUUAACUUUCAGCCAGAAAAAUCCUCGUGGUUUGGUAAGUUGUCUAUAAAGUUUUCUGAUCUUACACGUUUAGAAGAGUUAGCUGCCUUUACCAGUCAGGGUACUCACGUAGUUUGGUUUAGACAAAGCCUGUGUUUAAGGGGCAUGCCCCCCAAGAAAUAGCUAGCUCUUAAGCUUUUUUAUGGACCUUUGAGACCACUGUUGCAAAAUGGGGUAUUGAGGUAAUGACCUGACAGCGCCCGUCAUUUCUUCGCUGAGUUCCUUAGAUGGAAAACAAGUAUUGUUAAUUCACUCCACACAGACCUGGCUCGGAGCAAAAAUGUAGGAUGAUACUCUGUCACUGGUUGGCUAAUUACAAAGAAGAACUUCUUUUAGCAGCAACACGGAGACAAGAGUAUAUAUGAACUUGAGUCAGAAAUUCUUGCCUACCAGUUAAGUGCCUUUACUCUCAGAACGCUGCCGAAGUGUAAGGCUUGGCACCUAUCACAUUUCCAAAUUUCCUGUGUUUCUCACUAGAUUACACUCCUAAACCUUAUCAGGUAAGCGGCAUGGCCUUUUGCUUUAACUUGAUUUAAGAUGAGAAGAGAUGAAAUGUUCCCCGCUCUCCUGUAAACAGCUGUCUCAAAUAAGGUGGCAGAAUUUAAUGACUCAGUGUCAACCAUGCAUCAGCCCGUUUCUUAUUAAAUCCUCUCCGUAUGUUAGGCACAGUGCUCAGAUGCUGAGACACAGCAGGAAGUGCCAGGAGCUCAUGGGCCAAGCAUGGAAUGAGUAAGGGCAUCGCUUCUCAUCCCGCCAACUCAAUGUGCAAGUAUAUAGGGCUUUCCACCACUUUCCCCUUCUUCUGUAACAUACAUAACAUGCACUUUUAUCCAAAAUUUCUUAAGAAUCUGUCAGUGAACAUUCCGGCUUCCUGUUGGCGUGGACCAUUUACCUUGCUGAUAGCUUAAAGAGCACCUUACGCAAGGAGUCACAUCUUCCACAACAUAGGUCAUGUUUCCAUAUUGCAACUAGAGAGAGAGAGAGAGAUCGGAGUUCUCAGACUAUUCAACUGCAGAUUUGGACUCUUUCUGCCCUCUCACAGAGAGCAAAGAAGGAAGUAUUAAAGCUUACCUCACCCUUCCACAUUGUUAUCAAAAGCCUGUGUAGACAUGUCUUGAAUGUCAUUGAAAGUGAUGUAAAUAGCUGAAAAAUAUAAAUUUCUAUUACCGUUUAAGAACUCUAGUGAACCCUGAUUCGCCACUGUUGAUGACCUAUUUGUAUUCUUAUGCCUUUUCAAUAUAUCUGAACAAAUAUAUAGUUUCUGGCACUAUUUUUAUACUAGCGUAAAAGAGUUACUAUGUAAAUUAUGUUUUGUUGUGAAGUCAUCUAAAAAUGGCUGAAAUGUCGGUUUCUUUCCUUUCCUCACCCCACAUUAUAAACCAUUUCCAGUGAUCCUUCUGUAAGAAUGUGACUCUGCAGAGGCACACACCCACCUGCCUCGGGUGUCUGUGGAGUCAGACCUGGUCAGGGUACUUGUGAAGUCACCACGUUGUCAGUUGUCAUUUUUGCAGUGCUGUAAAAAUAAAGUGAAUGAACGAGAA